CUUCGUCACAAACAAUGGCAAAGAUAAAUGUCCAUGGCUCGGUGGAGGGCUUUAAUUUAGUAAGGCACAAAGUCAGGGCUGCCAAAUCCUUUGCUUCAUCAUCAGCUCCUCAGUACACGACAAGGAUUGUGCACAAAUUUUCCAAACAGCUCGCCUAGGGAAGCAUACGCCCCAUGGCAUUGCAACCUGACCAAACAACACGUGAACUCUCCAUAUCUACAUCCUUGAAGGGCCAUAUUCCGACGUGUAAACGAACCUCGGAUACCCAAUCGUCAUGGCUGGAACAGUAGAUCUGCUCAAGUUGUCAACUGUUACGUCGGCACAAAAGGCAGCUGAGGCCUCGAUUCAAACAGCACAUUACUCUCCACCAUGGGCAGAUAUGAGCAUUAUUGGAGUGGCAGGAUCCUCAGGGUCUGGUAAGACCAGCCUGGCGAUAGAGAUCAUCAAGUCACUCAAUCUCCCUUGGGUCAUCAUUUUGUCCAUCGAUUCAUUCUACAAGUCCUUGACGCCCGAGCAAAAUGCACUGGCGCAUCUCAACGAAUAUGACCUGGACUCCCCAGAUUCUAUCGACUUUGACCUCUUGGUGGAGAAGCUGAACGACUUGAAGCAGGGAAAGAGGACGGAUAUUCCUAUCUAUUCAUUUCAACAGCACCAACGUUUGGAAAAGACGGUGUCGAUAUAUUCUCCGCACGUGAUCAUCCUGGAAGGAAUUCUUGCUUUGAACGACCCCAGAGUACUGGACCUCUUGGACAUGAAGAUUUAUGUCGAAGCCGACUCGGAUGUCUGCCUUUCACGACGAAUCGUGCGGGAUGUGAGGGAAAGAGGGCGGACCAUUGAGGGUACCAUCAAACAGUGGUUUCGAUAUGUUAAGCCCGUCUUUCAACGCUACGUGGAGCCACAAAGAGAAGUUGCCGAUCUCAUUGUCCCACGAGGAAUGCAGAACACGAUGGCCAUUCAGAUGAUUGUCAAUCAAGUCCGACAGAUCCUCAAGGAAAAGUCGUCAAGGCAUAACGCAGAACUGGAGAGGCUGGGUCAGCAAUUGGAGGAUUUUGCACUCUCGGAAAAUGCCAUGAUUCUCGAGGGUAAACCACAGAUCAGCGGCGUCUCGACGAUAUUGCGCAACCCCAUCACCUCCCAUCUCGACUUUGUUUUCUACUUUGACAGGCUCACGGCCCUCCUGAUCGAGAAGGCCCUGGAUUGUCACAAUUACAUUUCCACCAAUGUUACGACACCGCAAGGGUAUACCUACAGCGGACUGAAGCCGAAGGGGAAAGUCUCUGCUGUCGUUGUGCUACGAGGUGGAAGCUGCAUGGAGGCUGGACUGAAGCGGACUAUUCCCGACUGCCUGACCGGCCGAUUGCUCAUCCAGUCAAACUAUCGGACCGGUGAGCCGCAGCUGCACUACCUGACGCUAUUUCCUGAUCUCGCCGAGCACGAAACAGUCAUGUUGUUGGAUCCUCAAAUGUCCAGCGGAGGAGCCGCUCUUAUGGCCGUCAAGGUCUUGGUCGAUCAUGGUGUCUGCGAGGCGAGGAUCGUCUUCGUGACCUUUAUGGCCGGGAGAAGAGGACUGAAAAGGCUGCUGUCGGUGUUUCCCAAAAUCAAAGUGGUCGCUGCAAAUGUGGUCGAAGAUGGCGAGAAGAGGUGGUUGGAGGAAAGAUAUUUUGGAUGUUAAGUUGCUCAAGAAUUCGCGACACAUGUCCGCCAACUAUACAAAGAAAUGCGACUCGAAGGCAGACUUCCGGACAGAUUUCCCCGCCGGUCAGUCGCUGGUAUGCGACUCAACCAUACUCGCAUGUCCGUUGUACAGCCAUGCGGAUGCCGAAACAAACGCCUCCUUCCGACACUGAGCUUGAGAAGAAGCAGCAACGUCAGGCAAGCUUGGAGAUUAUCAACUAUAUGAUCGAGGGACUAAUCUGACGACGGAGGCAAGUUAGACGUCCGACAGAGCGACCCCGGAGACCCUCCCAACUACGGAGUGUCAUAGUCAUGGUUCUAAAACCGGGUCAGAUAAUGUAUAUGUAAGGCAUGGUAUUACUACAACAUUGCUGCUGCUCAGUCUUGGGUAGAUUUGGGGCAUCCCAAAGGUGCAAACGUCUUUGGCUCUGAGAAGG